AUGGCUGAGAAGAUCGACAUCACCCCAAAGAAAGAUGGAGGAGUCCUGAAGGUUAUCAAGAAAAAUGGAGAGGGCAUCGUGAAGCCGACCACUGGAACCACAGUCAAGGUUCACUAUGUCGGAACUCUAGAGAAUGGAACUAAAUUCGACUCUUCUCGCGACAGAGGGGAUCAGUUCACUUUCAAUUUGGGACGAGGAAAUGUGAUCAAAGGAUGGGAUCUUGGAGUGGCAACAAUGAAGAAAGGAGAGGUCGCCGAGUUCACCAUCCGCUCAGAUUAUGGAUACGGAGAUGCUGGAUCGCCACCAAAGAUUCCAGGAGGAGCUACGUUGAUCUUCGAAGUUGAACUUUUCGAGUGGAGUGCUGAAGAUAUCUCUCCAGACCGCGAUGGAACUAUUCUGAGAACCAUUAUUGUUGAGGGAUCUAAGAACUCGUUCCCAAAUGACACUAGCAAAGUUGUCGCUCACUGCGUUGGAAAAUACCAAGACACUGAAAUCUACAACCGCGAAGUCACUUUCCAUAUCGGCGAGGGUUCUGAAGAAGGACUUCCAGAAGGAGUUGAGAGAGCUCUCCGUCGUUUCCAGCUUGGCGAGAAGUCGAAAAUCGAAAUCCGUGGUCACAAAUACACCUACGGAAACUCUCCACCAGAAGGAUUCAACAUGCCUGCUAACGCUCCAAUCGAGUUCACCAUCUUCCUUAAGGAGUUCGAGAAGGUUCCAGCUACCUGGGAGAUGAGUGCAGAGGAGAAAAUCGAAGCCGCCAAGCAAGCCAAGGAUCGUGGAACGAUGUAUUUGCAAAAAGGCAAUUUGAAGUUGGCCUACAACAAAUACAAGCGUGCCGAGGAGGUGCUGGAGUACGAGAAGUCUACGGAUCCAGAGAAGAUGAAGGAGCGAGAGACCAUUCUCAACGGAGCAUACCUCAACUUGAGCUUGGUGUGCUCGAAGCAGAAUGAGAAUUUGGAAUGCAUCAAAUGGUGUGAUAAGGUGCUGGAGACAAAGCCAGACAACGUCAAAGCUUUAUACCGAAAGGCUAGCGCUCUUUUGACCAUGAACGAGGUCCGUGACGCAAUGAAGCUGUUCGAGAAGAUCGUCGAGGUCGAGCCGGAGAACAAGGCUGCCGCUCAACAAAUUCUCGUGUGCAAGACAACGAUUCGCGAUCAGAAUGCCAAGGACAAGAAGCGCUUCAAGAACCUUUUCGCCAAAAUCUCGAAUGAGGAGGACAAGCCAACCAACACCGUCGAGGAUGGAGACGAGAUCGUCGCAUCCACCUCGGGAAGCUCCAACUCCAUGGCUUAG